CCCUCUCAAGAACGCGCUGGAUGCAACUGUUCGACAGGAGUUUUUUUGCUUGCUGAAAAGAGUCUGAAACCCGCAACGUUUCCGCGCUUGUGAAGUCAAAUAUACUAUGUGUGCAGGCCCUCUGAAGAACGCGUUGGACUCGGGGUUGCGGCCGCCGAAUCUGUGGGCGGGCCGGCGCCAUCAUGAGCGCGUCGGGGAAGUCCGGCGGCAAGCAGUCCGCGUACCACAUCCGACCGGUCCGGGUGUUCCUGGACAUCCACUUCAUCAACAAGCCGGAGAGGUUCGUCUCGUCUCGUUUCAUCGUCAGGUUCUUGAAUCUUCAUCAGUUUCAGAUUCAUGGGAUACCCACGCGAACAAAUCUGUGCGUUUUAUUGCUGCGAAUCCAUGUACACACUUUGUUGCUGGAUCUGUUACGAGCACUAGCGAUGUGUUCCCACUUCCCAAGGCCCUGAGGUCUGCUGGCACCUGCCGCCAUUGGUAGUGGCGGCAGGGCAUAGGCCGUCAGCUGCGCUUUAAAGGGACAUGACAACGGGAGAGCGAGGACGGUGCCGAUCUCUUCUUCCCCUCUUGUGCGCUGCGCCUCUAUCUUCUCCCUCCUCCCUCCCUCUCUCUCCCUCCGGGAGAAGUAGAAGAACAGUACUUCGCAGUUUUUGAGCUCGAUUUUCGGUAUUUAGAGGCCGAUUCAGGAGUUGUAGCAGUUGAAGAAAAGAUAGAUCAAGACAAGAGCUACAAUAUGCCUGGUACAAUGGAAAAAUUGUUGAUGUUUUAUGGUGACAUCAUACGUGACGGCCCUUUCGGGGUUGAUGUCUCGAGGUGCAGAAGUAAGAGAGUUUUUGUGAAAGACAUGGUCAACACAGGGUUCAUGGACGUUAAAAGGUGCAUCCAAGCCGAGUUUGGUCCUGAGACGGUUGGAAAGAAUAUGGUUGUCAAAGCUUUCGUCAUCGUCGGUAGGGUUGAUGGGACCCCUGCCCGUUGGGGCUUGAGGCAGGUGAACGGCGACCUAUCUUGGGGUAGUUACAUGAGGUUUGCAACCACACCUGGUAACUCUAUGUAUGGACGGCCAAUGGUUUAUGUGCGGUUUGUUGAUGCUGGUGUGCUCCGGUUAACUACCACUGGAGGCGCUCACACCCAAUCAGUGGCGCCGAUGGGGGGCAAUCAUGUCCGUGAAGAAGGUGUGGUGGUUCCAACCGUGAAUCCCGGACCAUAUCCGUCGGUAGUCGUUGACCACAACGAAUCCGCGGAGGUACUGUCAGACGAGCUAGAUCAUGGCGAUUAUGCCAGUGGAUCAUCAGAUGAUAGCGACGACGAGGAAGGAGGUGAUCCUUCUCAGCCUCUUGCCAUUCAGCAGAGGGCUGUGGUGCCCUCAACGGAGAGAUGGACGGAUAGUGACAUAGCCCGUCAUGAUGCCAUGAUUAGAGACAUGCGGGGGCUCCUUGAGAUUGUGUUGGAAGGCCUUCGGAUGGUACCCCCUCUACCACAUAGCGAAAAGGCAAUAUUAAUACGAAUUUAUGAACGUGUCAAGGAGUUUAUUGAGCUCUGCAGUCGCGCUCGAAUUAAUGGCAUUGUAUGGUCGGCACUACCAGGCAGGGCGCGUCCAAGCCUCACCACUUCAAUGGAUCAUGAGACCGGGACGCGCCAGGACUCAGUGCUAUUGCGUGUGCCAGCCAGCACUCCCUUGCAGCGCUCUCAGUUCGGCGGUUCACAGCCAGAACGUCAGUUCGGCUCCGGAGCGAUGGAGGUAGACAAUCCAUCCCCCGAUACCAGCCCUGGUAGAGGACCUACAGGGCAAUGCUCGUACGAUCAAGGCCAGGGUUCUGACGGCGAUGAAUCCACAGAUGAAGAAGAGUGUGAUGGCCUUGAUUAAUCGGAUCUUCUUCACAUGGCGGACGUUCAGCGGGAUGUGCAUACCCUUCACAGUAGCACGAGCAGCCCCGAGGAUCUCCUACUAGUACCCUGGAACUUCGCAGGGCCGUGUGGCUCCUUGAUCCGUGGACAAUAUAACCUGCACUACGAAUAUUUCAGAGCUUGUUAAGCUACCAAGUACCUUCGAUUUCAACUCCAUAAUCGUUUUUACGUCCGAUUUGUCGAGAUCUCCCCGGUUAAA